UCAACCUUUACGUUCACUUAAAGCUCAUAAACAUGGAUCUUAUGCGUUCUGUCAUUGCUGGGCAUCCAGAAGAGGUUUAUUCUCUGCUUAAAUUCAAGCUAGGAGGCUGCGGAACUGUCCAGACGAAAUGCCAUUACGACCAAAUGUGCCCCAGUAUGCGCACCUGUUACCAGUACCUGAACCAGACCAGCCGCAGUUUCGCUGCCGUCACUCAGGCUCUCGACGGUGAUCUCAGGUAUGCUGUGUGUAUAUUCUACCUUGUCCUGAGAGCCCUGGACACAGUAGAAGAUGACAUGACCAUUCCGCUGGCCACCAAACUGGACAUGCUACAUAACUUCUACACCUACCUACAGGACCCCGGAUGGAGGUUCAUGGAGAGUAAUGAGAAAGACAAGAAAGUCCUGGAAGAUUUCCCAACUAUCUCGCAGGAGUUCCGUAAGCUGAAGCCUCUGUACCAGGAGGUAAUCUCUGACAUUUGCAGAAGGAUGGGAGCUGGCAUGGCAGAGUUUGUACAGAGAGAAGACGUGGACACACUGGAGGAAUGGAACAAGUACUGUCACUACGUAGCCGGCCUGGUGGGUAUUGGGCUGUCCCGACUGUUUUCCGGGUCAGAGUUCGAGGACGCGAUAGUCGGGGAGGACACAGAACUCGCCAACUCCAUGGGCCUGUUCCUGCAGAAAACUAACAUCAUCCGCGACUAUCUGGAGGACCAGGUGGACGGCAGGGAGUUCUGGCCUAAACAGGUUUGGAGUAAACAUGCAAAGAAGCUGUCAGACUUCAGACAGCCGGACAUGUCCCAGAAUGCCCUGUGGUGCCUGAAUGAGCUGGUGUCGAAUGCUCUGCUACAUGUUCCUGAUGUGCUCAAGUACAUGUCCAGGCUACGCAACCAGAGUGUCUUCAACUUCUGCGCCAUUCCUCAGGUGAUGGCCAUCGGAACCCUGGCCCGUUGCUAUAACAACAUCAAAGUGUUCCGAGGCGUGGUGAAGAUCAGGAAGGGAGAGGCAGUGAAGAUGAUGAUCCACGCGACAAACAUGGAAAACUUUAAGGACAUCAUGAGACCAUUCUGUGAGGAGAUUGCCAACAAGAUGUCCCCACACGACCCUUCAUACAGCCUCACCAUGGAAACAGUGGAAACAAUCCGACAACUCACAACAACAAGCCACAGCCUUACAGUCCAGAGUACCCUGACUCCUCUACACGUGUCCUGUGCCCUGGUGGUAGCCGCUAUCACCUGGCAGUACUGGACACAGAUACACUGGAUAUAUGAACACUAUAUUGAAUGGAAAUGA